GUUGAGAUGGACUGUGGGCUGCGAUGGCGUGGGGCAGCUGCUAUAUGCCCAAUGAUGCCUUCGGGUUGAGGGGAUAUACCCAAUGAGGCCUUCGGGCGGAGGGAGGGCCUGAGUGGGUGGUUGCAUGGACUGCAGUCGCGUUGGUUGGGGCGGCUGCUAUACCCGAUGAUGCCUUCGGGCGGAGGGAGGACCUGGAUCGUACCAUAGAGGUUCGAUUCCUCUCUAGUCUUGGUCUGGUGGACUGGACCUCCAAAAAAACAAUGUAAAUUCAAGACUAUCAUUUUGGCGCUUUCGCAAAUGGCUCCAGUCGAGCAUAGUGCUGGUCGAGCAAAAAGACAUGUACUCGCAAUCUCUCAACAUGGUGAAAGCUGGAAAAAAAUAUACAGUGGUUGCGGGAUUGACACAGUUCAUAUGGCUGAAUGGGAAGCACACUGAAGAGGCCAGAAGUUGAAAACUAGAAAGCAGUGAUUCUAGCACACACGUUCACCCUCCAAAGGUUAUCAAGUUCUUCUUGAGCUAUCUAAUGGUCGUCCUAGAUGUUGACAGUACCUAAUUUGUUCUUCAUCUCAAUGGGGCGUAUUUGCUGUCUGCAGAUAUGCUAGUGAAUUCUACACAGCAAAAUCCUCUCGCCAACCAUCGAAGCACGCUACUGACAGAUGCAUUCAGGCAGAGUACAGUCUCUUCUCUUCCAUAGCAGCUUGGCUGCCCAACGAAGGAAAUCACAGUAGUUGGGCAACUAGGAAUGCUACUAUCCUUAUACAAAUCAGGCACUAAGACAAUAUAUUUUAGACGGAAACGAUCCGUUGGUCCCCAGUGACAGCUCACUUCCGGCAAGACAUUGUGCUGAAUCCUUAUCCGACCUUUUUGAUGGAUGUGAAAUUGAUGCUUGCUUCCUUUCAGGAAAGAAGCAGUGGAAUCAAAAGGUACUGUAUAGUGCAAAGACAAGGAAGGAGAGAGAAUGAAAGCAUAUGGUAGAUACUUUCAAAAUCUGUGGUUGGCGGCAUGAAAGGUUACGAGUGUUCUUUGUUUAUCUUGAUGCCCUUUCAAGCCUUCCCAACGUAUGGUGGCACAGUCAUGCAUCGGUUGGAAAUCGCUGGUCUCGUCGUGUGGUUUUUGGGGCUCACUUGCUCUCAUCGCGGAAAUUCAACAAACGACGACAUGCAGGUGUUGAAACCGAACCCAACGUUGGACAAGCUUUGUCGCUUCCUUAACUCUGUUAGGGGUACCGACAAAGUCUUGAUGCUGGUCCAAUAUGUCUCGAAAAUCCUCAUGUGGCACCUGAAGCGCAAGGAUCCUUCCUCUACCCUUGCUACACGUAUUCUCAACCUGGCUGGCCCAGUCGCUGACUUUAGGAUUCUCCUCCGCUACUAUGGUCUCAUUCCUCUGUUGCAAUGGACCGCUUAUUCGGAACAAAAUCCUGCCCCAACACGCAAACUGCAACUCCUGGGCCGUCUUCAGAAUCUCUCCAACUUUUGCUACUAUCCUCUGGAGCACGCUUACUGGCUCGGUCUUCACGAUGUGAUUCCAAUGAAGCCCGAGACUAGAGACAAGAUUGGGAUUUGGUCCUGUCGAUUCUGGGCUGCUUACGUUGUUCUGUACUUUGCUCAGCUAUGGGAGGAGCACAAGGAGCUCGCUGUCCGCGAACGGGCCCUGGCCAAGAAAAAGUUGAAGGUGGGCGGCGAUAAGGAUGUUGAUGCAAAGGAGCUUGCUGUGGAGAGACAGGCUUUGAAGAACGAAAGGAAGGGCUUGCUUGUCAACACCAUCAUUAAUGCGGCCUACUUCCCAUUGACUGUGCACUGGUCUUUGGAAACUAGCUCGUUCCCUGAUGUGGGCGUUGGGAUUUGCGGUACCAUCGCGGCGAUUGCCCAGCUUUACACUGCGUGGAAGUCGAGUUAGGAAAUGCAAUUAGUGCCUUGUACAUUGGACCUCGUUGAUACUAAAAUAUGACAUGGUAAUCAUUUGGCGGCGAAAGUGCUCAUGAUAUGUAAACUGUGGCUGCGAUGAUCCAGAAGGUUCAAGUUCUAAUUUCAAUGUAUAUAAAUAUAAACGGCCGAGCCCA